UUGUGGCUGUCAAUCAGCUUGUCAAGCGUGUGUCCGCCCUCUUCUAAUGCUCAGUGAACAACUCCCAUCCAUGUUUACACCGCUCCUUCUCUUUAUUUGCACAUGGAAAUGAUUUAUCCAACACCAUGAAGAGCUGAUCAAAUGUAGUUUAGAGGUCUGUAACUCGGGGUUGGAGCAAAGCUGGGAUGGCCUCUAAACUAUUCGACAGACUUCGUCGUUCAUUAUUCAAAGAAGGGGAGCUUCCUUCCGAGGCAGACGGCCAUGGAACGGAUGACUUUCCAGAAAGUUCUGAACUUGAGGAUGAUACAGACUGCGUGUCGGCCAGGCUCGGAGGGACCCUGUGCUUCGAGGGUGAUGGGGUCCUGGACUCUGAGGAUCCCGGCGACGCAUCAGGGCCAGACAGUGACUCUGACUUUUUUGGAGAGUCCAUAGAUAAUGCAUGUAGCAGCACAGAUACCAGCCCAAUAGGUCCUUCCCCCAAAACCUCAAACAUGAUCACCAGACAACUACAAGAAAACUGGCGAAGCUCAAGAACUCGAUGCAUUCCUGAAAAACUCAUUUUUGAGGUGACUGAUGCCAGUGUUGUCCAUGAGACAAAUUCUAAGUAUGUGCUAUACACGAUUCAUGUCAUCCAUUCUGGCACGUUUGACAAAACUCCCGCUGUCAUCACGCGGCGCUACACUGACUUCGAACGGCUACACAGCCGCUUGCGACGGCGUCACGGAGACGAGAUGGAUGGUGUGUACUUCCCUCGCAAGAAGCUGCGCAAAAACUUCGCCGCCGAGACCAUUGCCAAGCGCAGCCGGGCAUUCGAGCAGUACCUGACCCACCUUCACUCCCUACCUGAACUGCGGACCACACCUACGUUCCUUGAGUUCUUCUACCUGGGUGAUCUGCGUGCUGGCCAGAUGCUGAUGCGAGUGGGCCGUCACCAAGACGCCCUGGGGUCUCUUCUCAACACUCUAAGACUCCAGGAGAAGUUAGGAUGCCAUCAGAUCCUGCAGCUCAACCAGCUUCAGAGGGCUCAUUGGUUCUUCACGCUCUCCGCUUUGGUCACCUGCUUCCAAGAACUAGACCAACUCAGUGAGGCUCAGGAACACUGCGACCGAGCCCUGCAGGAUCUAGCGCCUUCCCAGGAAGCUUUGCAGCAGCACCAGUUGCACCCUCUGCUCAUCCCCCUCCUGCAAUCCAAUGUCAGGCUGUCCUGGAAGAUCUCGAAGGACAAGAGGCGCUGGGAAGCUCUUCUCCAGGAGAUCCAGGAGCUGGGGAUUGAUAUAGGGAACCAGCCCAACCUAAAGGAGUGUCUCAUUAAAGAGAGCAUCGAGGACAGCGAGGGGUCGGUCAGAGCUAAGGGUAAAAGUGAAGAUGUCCCAUAAGCAUUCAGGGUUCUUUUUUUAAUAUGAAUAUGAGGGAUGUUUCUGAGAGCACUAUGUAAGAUUAGGUUACUAAGGAAACCUGUGGAAAUAAUGCUAACUCUACACUUUAAAACACAUGCAUUUCAUGGGCACAUUUCAAUAGUUUUUAAUAUAGCCUUAUUCUUUAGUUGGUAACACUUUACAAUGAGACUCAGUUUGUUAACAUUACUUAAUGUAUUAAGUAUUAUGAACUAACUACAAAUCGGGUUUUGGUGUGACUCCAUUUAUUUUCAGCCGUCAUGAAUUUCACAGAGAUUUUUCUUACUCUUUAGUAGGCUUGAAUCAACCAGCCUUCAUUUCAGCACACAUUAUUUUAAAUAGACAUGGGAAAGUAUUAAGCGAUGCUGUCGACUCUUGUGUUGUUUACAUUCAGCUGCCUUGGACUGGUUUGCCUUUUCAGUGAAGGAUAAAGUAUUCUUAAAUUCUUAUAUUAAAGGGAAUUUCCACUUUUGGUGUAAAUUAUAAAUGAAAUUGUCAGAUACUGCUACAACAGAAGCCUUCAAAUAGUAAUGUUAUGUCUUUAUGAUGCUGUAAAGUACAGUUUUAAAUAUAUAUUUUGUUACUGAGCUCAGAGUGAUUUUAAAUAACUUGUGCACAAACGUCAAUCUGUUCAUUUCAGCAGUGCAAAAUAACACUACACAUUUUAACUCAAAUGAUGCCUUUAUAUUUCAUAUAGAGCAUUUUUAUUGAAUGAUUUUGAAUAUAUUUAGAAAACAAUAUCAUUCCACCAGUACUAUAUAGUUAUUAAUGUCAAAAAUUAAAGUUUUAAUGUCUGAGCCCAAACUUUUUUGUAAAAUCGUGCAGAUUGUUUUACAGAUUGUUGUCCCUUGCACACAAAUUCAUUAUACUGGUUACUUACUAAAUUUGAAUUUGAAUAUAUUUAUUUAUGUAUUUAUUUAUUAUUGUUGGGUAUAGUUGAAUCAUUAACGUAAUAUACUCUGCAAAACUUGUGAUUUCCAAGUUUUCUCAAAUUGUCCCAUUUUUUUAAAAGUGCAUUUUGGCUACAAUAAAUGCUUGCUGGUUUUUAUUCAAAUUUUGUAUUUCAAAUGAUUUUAUGUUCAAGGAAAUCCCAAGUCAAUUCAUAGUAUAUCAAUAAACAUAUUUACACAA